AUGGCUAAGAAGAACAACAUUGUCAUCGUGUUCGAUUUUGACAAGACGAUCAUCGACGUGGACAGCGAUAAUUGGGUGGUUGAUGAACUUGGUUUCACUGAUUUGUUCAACCAGCUUCUCCCCACUAUGCCUUGGAACUCUCUCAUGGUUCGGAUGAUGAAGGAGCUUCAUGAUCAUGGCAAAACCAUUGAAGAAAUAAAAAAAGUCUUGACAAGAAUCCCGAUCCAUCCUCGUGUCAUCCUUGCCAUCAAAGCCGCUCAUGCUUUAGGGUGCGAGCUGAGAAUAGUGAGCGACGCGAACACGUUCUUCAUCGAAACGAUCCUUGAAUAUCUCGGGAUUCUUGAAUAUUUUUCUGAGAUUAAUACAAACCUUGGACAUGUAGAUGAACAAGGAAGGUUAACAAUCUCUCCUUACCAUGAUUUCACCAAAUCAUCCCACGGUUGCUCUCGUUGCCCUCCUAACAUGUGCAAGGGUUUGAUAAUUGAGAGGAUUCAAGAUUCUUUUACCAAAGAAGGAAAUAAGAUGACGAUGAUCUAUCUUGGAGAUGGUGCUAAUGAUUACUGUCCGAGUCUUAGACUCAAAGCUGAAGAUUACAUGAUGCCAAGGAAGGAUUUUCCGGUUUGGGAUUUGAUUAGUCAAAACCCGACUUUGGUUAAGGCUACGGUUAGAGACUGGACCGAUGGUGAAGCUAUGGAGAGAAUACUUAUGGGAAUAAUCAACGAGGUUAUAUCUUCUUCAAAUGAAGAGGAAGAAAAGGAGAAGAUGUUGAUCUGUGAUCACUGCAAGAUAUCUGUUGGGAUUGUUCACGAACCUUUGGUGCCUCUUGCUCUUCAAGUUCCCCUAAAACUCGUUAAGUGAUUGAUGAAGAGAUAUAUAG